AUGCAAAGGGAUGAGGAAAAAGACCGAAACAUUCGAAUUAACCUCAAGUUUGCUGGCAAGCGACCUGCCAUAGAUGACGCAACCGCGGUGGAUGACAUCGAACGGCAGGCUCAGAACGACUUUCAGAACAACAGAGAUAUCUGGCGAGCGGCCCAUAAGCUGGUAGCGACAAGCUUUUACUUCGAGAAGGAGAAUAUAGAGUCUCUACGCGACGGAAGCUAUCAAUGCAGUGGCAAAAUCCUCUGCCGUUUUGGAGAGGGUAGCCACGAUCUGAAAGGCCUUGGUUUCAUCAUGCAGCGCCUAGUGAAGGGGGAUUUCGUCCCAUGCUUCCUGAUUCAAGACUGCAAUGCAAAGGACACGGGUAGUCAUCGCGUCGAGUUUCCGCUGCGAGUCAUGGACGACAUGCAGAAACGCGGCUUGUUUACGCUGCCGCCCAUAAUUGGUUUCAGCAUACCUCACUAUGACAGCGAAACAAACAUUUCGUUAUGUGUAUGGCCAGAUUCAUCCACAUAUGAAACCACAACUACUCAUGAUGAGGCGGCUUUGUUCUCAAUCAGUGGGUUCCCGAGGCAUCUCUACUCCCCACACGCGCCAUCACCGCCUAAGGAAGACUCGGACAAUGGUGAUGAAGCUAGCUGGGAGCCUCUUGAUGGCGCUUCCGUUGACAAAUCGACAGAUGAAGUGUCGGUGGAUGAUGAUCCCCCAGACGGACUAGACACGUCACGGCCCUCGAUUUCCUCCAGCCCUAGUAUUGUGACCUCUGGGGCUUCUCUAAGAAGCAAAUAUACGCUGCUCGGUCGAGGCAUACCCGACGUAGAAGUUGAAUCAGACUCGGACGCGGCUUCGACCACUACUUACAGAACCGCACAAACGAAGAGCUUUCUUGGUAGAGUGCGGAGUCCUUUCCGGGGAGGAAGGUAG